CCCGUCUCCGCCUCGCGCUCUCAGAUUAGACGUGUGGGCCAGAAUCAAAAUAAAGGCACCGUACGUCUCUCUGUCUCUCUGCAGACAGCUCCUCAACCAAGAACAAACUCUCAACAUACACAGAACAAACGUUCCUGUCAAAAACAUAUUAUUUGGGGUGAGGAAUUGUGUUGUGGACAGCUCACCGACCGUACACAUGGCUCUACUGAAGUCAGGCUGGCUCUGGAGACAGAGUGAGUACUGUAGCUUCAAUGUCUCUCGAAUAAUGUCAUGUUGUACUCUAACCUAGUGUCUACAUGUUUUGGUCUCAGAUACAGCCUUAGCCAUUACAGGUACUAUCUUUACCAAUUGUAGACCUCAACAGCUAAACAAAGCAUAAGAUGUUGUGUGGGGCGCUAAUACAAGAGUGAUAUCAGCACUAUAUAGAACACUUUGACAGACAGGUUAAGUGGGUGUGAGAGGUCUGUAGCAAUCUUUGCUCCCGUCCGCAGUCCGUGCCACUUCCUCCAAAAACUGUUCUCCCAUGUUCUUAAGACUGAUACCACUGAAAACAAAAUGGAGGACUCUAUUGAUGCCAUCAAGAUCGAUUGAUUUGGAUUUUAAAAUAAGAUCAGAAUCGUUCUAGAAGGUGAAUGUUACGACUGUUAUGAAAUUCCAAUCCUCACUCUGCUUGUGCAGCCUGGCCAUAAUCUAAUAAGCGUUAGUUAAUAUUUUAGCAAAUCAGUGACUCACACAGACAGGCCACAAGCCAACCACUGCAGAUUCACCCACCGGAGAAAAACAACAACAGAUUAAGAGCUUCAACCAUAUAAAUAAAAAACACUCAAAAUGGCUGUAGGUCUACCAUUACAGAAACAUUGAAUAAAAUGGGGAUGUGCUGAAUUGAGACAGAAUCAUGUCUGGCUGAGGGUGCAUUUCAGUUAAUGUGGAUAAAUGAAACAGCUAGAGCAUUUCAGUUUGUGGAUAAAGGAUUUCAGUUCAUGUUGAUAAACUAAAUAAAAGGAUACAAAGUGGUCAAAGUCGACCUGACCGAUAGGAAACUAGACAUCAUAAACUAACCCCAACUAUAUUCUACUUCACACUCCAUCUCCCCCCCCCCCCCCCCCCCCCCCCCCCCCCCCGCUCUUCCUUACUUACUUCCGUCAGCCUCUAUCCUAAAACGCUGGAAGCUGAAUUGGUGUGACCUGUGGAUCGAUGGAAGCCUGGCCUUCUACAAGACGGAGCGCAGGCGAGAAUUUGAGCACCGCGUGGGUCUCAAGACCAGCUGUGUGAGCGUCAAGUCUGGCCUGGAGUGUGCAGGUGAGGAGGGAGUGUAUAGAAAGAUGGGGGUGUUCAACAGACAAUGGAUGCGUCCGAAAUGGCAACCUAUUCCCUAGGCUUAUAGUGGACUAGUUUUGACCAGAGCUCCUUGAGACAUGCUGUAUUCUUUAUUACAGAAAGAACGUGGACUGAGGAGUCCAAAUAUCUGUACUGACCUACAAAAGAUUUGUGCCUUUGCUGUGGACCCAAAUAAAGCAUUGAAAUGUACGGUGUCCAUAUAAGACUGACAACACCAGUUGAGACUGACGAAAGUCCUGAUCAGACUGAGGCUGUCCUAAUAUGGACACCCUAAUAAUGUGUGUGUAAGUGUGUAUGUGUGUGUAACCCUAGCUGUCUCUGUUGUUGUGCAGGUCUCUCUCCCCCAGAGAACCACCCCAGGGAAAACCUGGUGGAGGUGCAGCUUAGAGACGGCACCACAGUGAUCCUGUGUGCCAACAGUGAGGACGAGGCACUGUGAGUCUCUUUCCCUCACACACACACACACACAUACACACACUCUCUCUCUCCCUCUCUUUUACAGUACACACUCUUUCUCUCUCACUCUCUCUCUAAUUCUCCCUUCCUCUCUUUCUCAUUUUCUCAUUCUCUUUUUGCAGAGCAUGGAAAUUGACAAUUCUAGAGGUGAGACGAAACCCUGUAAGUAACCCAGUAAAUUUCUACAACAUGCACCACUGAGUACUGUAUCAAUAAAUCCCAUAUCCAUAUACCCAUAUAUCAUACAGUAUAUAAUCAAUGCUUAUUGGGAAUCUCAGAGGACAUUCUAGUUUUAUCCCUAGCCUUAUCUUAUCUUCUUAUCCUUUCCAGUUUGCGUAUGACCCGUAUGACGACUCCUACCCAUCCGUCCCAAUGGACGGCCACAACACCAUCUACUUGGCUCCUGGAUCAGGUGAAGACAACACACCCGAGCUCUGGGUCAUAUUCAUUAGUGCACACCUUAGCAAAACUUUUUGCAAUGAAAAACAAACAUUAGCGUUUUUUUGUUAUCACAAGUUCAGGUAGUCCCUCCCUGUUUCAGUCCGUUUUCUUCCGUUUGGUGCCUAGUGAAAACGACUGAUGUCAGCAAGUAAACAUUGUGAAUCUAGCAAUCCUUUCCAAGACAGUUGUUGAGAAAUCUAUCCUGGUUAAAUCAAAUAAAACACACUCGUAUAUUCACCUAUGCUCCUGUAUACAGUAGUACACCAUAUAUUCAGCAUCCUGUCUCAACCUCCAUCUCUCUCAGGUACCCACCACAUACUGAUCCAGAGAGACCCAUACGAUGGCAUAGGAGAGCAGGUGGCACUGGGGCUACUGGCAGGAAUGGCGGCAGGCGCUGCUAUGCGCUCCUUCCUCUGGAUGCCCUUCUUGUUCUGCUGAUAUAGAAGGCCUCUGAACUGGACCGGGCUGCUUGCUUGGGCAGCCUCCCCUAGUGCGCUAGCUCCAUGAGCAGGGAGGCACGGCUGGGAAAUGCACAGGCUCAUAUAUGUAGGAGUGCUGCUGUAGGCCUCACUCCUAAAAGUCUUAUUUUUUUGUCAUACUUGAGUAAAAGUAA